AUGCCCUGCAACACCCAUCAUUCUACUGUUUCACAAUCUUGUAAAAGAACUUCAAUUACUCUACAUCUUUAUCUGUUCAAACCAUCUGUUUCAGAUGUUCUGGAUAAUGAUGAGAAUCCAGUUGAUGAUGAGAAGAAAGAGAAGAAAAAGAAGAAGAAGAAGAAGAAGAAGAAGAAGAAGAAGAAGAAGAAUGAGAAGAAGAAAGAGAAGAAAAAGAAGAAGAAGAAGAAGAAGAAAAAGAAGAAGAAGAAGAAGAAUGAGAAGAAGAAAAAAAAUGAGAAGAAGAAGAAGAAUGAGAAGAAGAAGAAGAAUGAAAAUGUAAUACAUUCAUUUAUUGUUUUUUUAUUAUAUUAUAUUUGCUUAUUCUUACCUCUUUCCAUUAUGUUUAACGUCCCGGAGAAAACACGGGCAGCGCCCGUGUUUCAGAAGCCUCCCGAAGGGCAUGGCAAAGAUAUUAUUUCAGAUGUUAGCAGGACUUGGCAGAAGUUUAAAGAAGUUUAA